UAGCGAGAGAUCCUACCGCGAAGGAGCUUGCGUGGUAUGUGAAAAAGAGAAAAGCGCGCUUUCCUUGCGGCCUCGUAGCGAGGAAAGACGGUAAACAAAAUAUUUCUAAUCGUCCCAAAACCGGAUCACCGAUCGUGAUUCAAAUCUCGAAAGAUUUAGCAGCAUCCCCUUGAAACCCGGACCUGCCUCAGUGACAAUCAAGACGAGAGUAUCAAUUUUUUAUUUUUUCCAAAUAUAGUUCGUUGAGAAAAAAGAAUGUUCGGAGUUUGAAGAAUUCAUUACGAUUCGAAUUGGGAGUGUGCGCUUCAUCUGUAUGCAACCAGCGAUCGCCGAAAUCGACGAAAUCUUCAGAUAAUCUUAUCUCUUUCCGGCUGUUAGCCUCAACUCCUGUUUUCAUUGGUCUCCUCUCCACAUCCACCAACCCCCUUUUUCUUUAUUCCUUUCUCACUCUCGGCUCGACGCUCGUGCAAGCUGCUGCUGAACGAAGGGACAAUCGGUUUCUCUGGAGGCGAUAAGGAGACAGUCAAGAUCGAUCGCUGCCAGGAGAUGCAGCAAAGUCAAGUCUUUCGCCCGAAGCUACCAUGACAGGGACGUACAGGAGAUCGGUGAGUACAGAGAGCGCGGACGAGAAUGAGGAGAAUAUCGCGGAGUCCGCUAGAUAUUUGGAAGCCGGUAUCGUCACUGGGGAGGAAGUUGUCAUUGAUGCUGACAUGCCAAUGACGAUGAGAAAUUUGACGAGAUCAUCGAUCGGAGCCGGUGGUCGUGGCCAGCACACGGGCCCGGCUACCGGUUUUUUAAGGAGCGUGGGUGGUCUCGGCGCUCCCCAUCAUCAGCACCAGCUGCAACAGCACGUCAGUUUCGACCCUGAAGCUCCACCACCUCCGCCACCUCAACAGACUAUGUGCUUACUCGAGAAGCCGGAAGUCGACAAGAAAGUCAAGAGACACAGUAUUCACGGUAUGAUGGAGGAAGAGAACGUGGUGAGGCCACACCAGGAGAUGGCGAGUCUUACGUUCGAAGAAAAGAAAUAUCUCAUCUCGGUGGAGCGCGGUGACGUGGCUUCGGUGAGGAGGAUGCUCCAGCGUGCCCAGGAAACGGACUGGAUCAACAUGAACUGCGUCGAUCCCCUCGGAAGAUCGGCUCUUCUCAUGGCCAUCGACAACGAGAAUCUCGAAAUGGUUGAACUUUUGAUAGCGUUUAAGGUCGAAACAAAGGACGCUCUUUUACACGCAAUAUCCGAAGAAUUCGUCGAGGCUGUCGAGGUCCUCCUCGAACACGAGGAAACCCUGCACAGGAAUGGCGAACCUCAUAGUUGGGAAGCUCUGCCUCCGGACACGGCGACAUUCACCCCAGACAUCACACCCCUCAUACUCGCUGCUCAUCGGGACAAUUACGAGAUCAUCAAGAUCCUGCUGGAUCGCGGUUCCGUUCUACCAAUGCCCCAUGACGUUCGCUGUGGUUGUGACGAAUGUGUCACGUCACGGAUGGAGGAUUCUUUGAGACACUCGAGAAGUCGUAUAAACGCUUACAGAGCGCUCGCCUCCCCGUCUCUCAUAGCGCUGUCCUCCAAGGAUCCGAUACUCACCGCAUUCGAACUAUCGUGGGAAUUGCGAAGACUGUCGUUCCUCGAGCACGAAUUCAAGUGCGAGUAUCAGGAAUUGAGGAGACAGUGUCAAGACUUUGCAACGGCGCUUCUCGACCACACUAGAAGUUCGUACGAACUCGAGGUGUUACUGAAUCACGAUCCUACGGGACCGGCAUUCGAGCAUGGUGAGAGAAUGCAUCUGAAUCGUCUCAAGUUGGCUAUUAAAUUACGCCAGAAGAAGUUCGUGGCUCACCCGAAUGUUCAGCAACUGCUCGCUUCCAUUUGGUACGAAGGACUGCCAGGUUUUCGUCGAAAAAAUAUGGUGCUUCAGGCCUUCGAAAUCGUUCGGAUUGGCCUUUUGUUUCCCAUCUUUAGUGUUGUCUACAUAAUCGCACCUCACAGCGUGUUUGGCCAAACGAUGAGAAAACCGUUCAUCAAAUUCAUUUGCCAUUCGGCAUCUUACUUCAACUUUUUGUUUAUGUUGAUAUUGGCGAGCCAGAGAAUCGAAAGUGUAAUCGGGCUGUGGAUGGGACAAGAAAUAUCGGAGCACGAUCCGGCGCCGACGAAGAGAGGUGCUGCACCGACGAUCGUCGAGUGGUUCAUUCUAGCAUGGGUUUCGGGUCUGAUAUGGUCGGAAGUGAAACAACUUUGGGACGUUGGUCUUGAGGAAUACGUAAAUGACAUGUGGAACGUUAUUGAUUUUGUAACAAACUCGUUGUACGUUGCGACAGUCGCACUUCGUAUAGUCGCUUACUUUAGAGUGCAAAAGGAGAACGAGGCACAAACAACUGGGACCAUCAUCGAGCUCCAAAGGGAGCAAUGGGACACGUGGGAUCCCAUGCUCAUUUCCGAGGGCUUGUUUUCCGCGGCUAAUAUAUUCAGCUCACUGAAACUCGUCUAUAUAUUCUCCGUGAACCCUCAUCUCGGUCCACUCCAAGUCUCUCUGUCACGAAUGGUGAUGGACAUAAUGAAGUUUUUCUUUCUCUACGUACUCGUACUGUUCGCCUUCUCGUGCGGCUUGAAUCAGCUGUUGUGGUACUACGCUGACAUGGAGAAAAAGCGGUGUCCGACCGCGACGUCUUACUCGAGCAACAGUAACAAUUCGGCCACUGAUCAAAACGCUUGUCUCGUUUGGCGCAGAUUUGCCAACUUGUUUGAGACCACUCAGACCCUCUUCUGGGCUGUUUUCGGCCUCGUGGAUCUCGAGAGCUUCGAGCUUGAUGGCAUCAAGGUCUUCACUCGUUUCUGGGGAAUGCUCAUGUUCGGCACUUACUCCGUAAUCAACAUCGUCGUACUCCUCAAUCUCCUUAUUGCCAUGAUGAAUCAUUCCUAUCAGCUCAUAUCGGAACGAGCCGAUGUCGAGUGGAAAUUUGCGCGGAGCAAAUUGUGGAUCAGCUUCUUCGAGGAGGGCGGCACGGCCCCACCGCCCUUCAAUAUCAUUCCUACCCCUAAAAGUUUUUGGUACAUUGGCCAGUGGAUCUAUCGGAAACUUUGUGGACACAGUCGAGCAGCGAAGAAAGAACACAUGAGAACGAUAAGACGCAAAGUUAAACAAGCCUCCGAGCGGGAUUUCCGCUACCAGGGAAUAAUGAGGAACCUUGUGAGACGCUACGUAACUGUUGAUCAGCGAAAGACCGAGGGCGAAGGCGUCACCGAAGACGACGUCAACGAAAUAAAGCAGGACAUAAGCGCCUUUCGCUUCGAGCUCAUGGAAAUACUUAGGAGUUCCGGAAUGAAUAUGCCGCGGGACAAAGGCGCCGGUACCGGAAGCUCAGCGAACGAAGGAACCGCACGAGAAUAUUCGGCAGGUGCUGGGGGAAAGAAGAACCGUCAAAAGGAGCGGCGUCUUCUCAAGGGAUUCAACAUCGUGCCUCAGCCGAGCGGCAGCGGAAGUCUGCCACCUGUUGCCGAGUUCAUCGCGUCACUGCAACAUGGCAAAUCCGAGUCGUCGCAUCACGAUUUGUUCGGCAGUACUUUGAGUGGCAUUUUCGGGCCUGGAGCAACGCCCAAGAAAAAUCCACACCACACGAGCACCAACAGUGUUCCUGGCUUGGCAACGUGUGCCAGACAAUCACACCUCACGAGAAACGGCUCGAGAAAACGGCGGUGGGGCACCCUCAUCGAAGCUGCCAAAGCCGGACGUGUCUCUAGACUCAUAGGACGAUCACGUUCGGAGGAUUCGAUGUAUUCAGCAGCCUCGGAAGACGCUGCUUCGCGUUCGGACGGCUCCUCCGAGUCCAAGUCUUCAUUGGACGUUCCGCAAUCGUCCUCGCGUUCGCACCCCCAUCACCACCACCAUCAUCAUCAACAUCAUUCGAAUCAACCAUCGACGGCGACGUCCCAAGAACACUCCCAGAAUCAGAACAAUCAUCAGCAGAGCGCUGAGAAUCGGCACACUCGUAGCAACGAUUCUCACCACGUUUUUGCCCUCGGACCGGCGAUCGCUGCGCUCAGAAAAAAACGCAAAAAGUUCUCAGCCUCGAGGGCCUCCACGCCGACCAUCGCCAGCGGCAACGCUUCCACCAUCGACAACAGCUCCAUCAUCCACCCACCCUGCCCUCCAACUGUCCCAACUGUCAGCGCUGCCAGCACCAAUGUCAACGCUCCUGCCAAGGGACAACUCCAGCGCGCCAGCAGCGUUCCCACUCGGGCAGCUGAUCUCACAUCACAAUCCAUUCCUCCGAGACGACACGAAGCCACUCAGAGCCAACAACCCAGCCUCGAUACCAACGAAAUCUCCAGCGUUACUGAAAGGCUCGGAGAGGGAACAACGACGACAACGAUGAUGAGUACGCCGCCGUUGACGCCAUCGACGACGGAGGAGAGUGUAGUGGGAGCGAAUCCAGUGGGUGCUGCGAGUACGGAGGACGCUGAGGACGACGCCUCGGCCUCGGUAUCUACGAGCACAGGAAAUUUAUCGUCGAGUUUCAAGAGAAACGGCUCGGCCAGUCGUGUCCAAAGAAUAUCAGCAAUCGAGCCAAUAUCCGGUCACGACGUAACCACCGGUUGGCUUUGAAAAGUGAGAUUUUUUAGGCCGCCUGACUCGCCGAAACACAGAGCAGGGACGCGAAAAGAAACAGAAGUUAGCAAAAGUAAAUAAACGUUAAAACGAUGGAAAAUAAUGAAAAAUAGAGCUUGACCGAGUCGUCGAGAGCCACAACGAUGCCUUUGUCGUGCGAGAGAGAACCCAGAAUAUUUACACUGUAAGUUGAACAAACACAAAUAACAAUACCCUCGAUCAUUAUACCGGUACUCAUAAACCUUUUAAAUAAUGUCGCGGGUCGCUCGCAUUGAAUCUUAUUGGGAAAAAUAGCGCGCUGGCGCCAACUCUUUGUACGAAAAAAGAUUUAACUAUUCCUCGCCGAUACUCUUUUUUUUAAUUAGUUUCGAUCCACUGCGUAUACGGUUAGUAUCUCGUUUUAAAUCUCAAACUUUCUAUUUCCUCUCUCUCUCUCUCUCUCUCUCUGUUAAAGCUAAAUUGUAUAACCACUUAUGGUUACAGAAAAUCAUGAUGAUUUUUUCUUUGAAUUAUUGGUCCGUUUCUCUAAAACUUGAGUCUGUACUUACCUUUAAAUCUUAUCUUUAUUUUUGUAUAUUCUAUAUUAUUAUUAUUUGAUAGCUAUAAGUUAUGUCGGUUAUGAUUACGAACUGCAAUCAUCCAACAAAUAAUGCUUUCGUUUCUUUUCUUUUGUUACUAUCGCAGUUAAAUCUGCACAGUCUUUAUUUUAACAGUUUUUUGCUUAUUUUAUGUCUAUUUUUAUGUUUAUUUUUAUUUUUGUACUUUGCAUUGUUUUUAUGUCAUUGCCCCAAGGGCAACUAGGGCAUAAUAAAGCAUCGUCAUCAUCAUCAUCAUCUUUUUCUCUCUCUUUUUCUUUCUUCCUGGCUGUUUAUUCGUUAUUAAGAAAUAUAUACUGCGAUGUAUAUUUAAAAAGUAGCAUUGAUCGCCGUGCGAUCGAGCCACCAAUGAAAUUAUUACAAGAAUGAUAAACCAAAGAACAUUAUUAAUGAACUCAUUCGCUAGUCCAGCCCGAAAUUAGAAUAGUACAGCGAGUAUAAAGUUUUAAUCGUUGGAUAAAGCUCCUGGAGAGGUUCACAAUGAUGGCUAAACGAAAUGCAUGACAAAUUUUCGAUAAGCUCGUGUAUUUUUUCACCUGCACUACUUUUUUCGGGCUGCUUUAAAUCUACGUGUACACGAGAGCUACUUUGUUGUGGAAAUAUGAAUAACUGCCAGGCGACGAUCACGCGACGUCGACGCGGUCGGGCAACGGAGAAUAAACGGCCCUCUCAAUCAUUAAUGUCUGUCUAUACAUUUAAAAAAAUCAUUAAAACUAUCCAUUUCAACAAAAAUUCGACGGUAAUUAUUCUUUUCUAUACUCACGUUUUUUGGCAAUUUUCGACGAGAUGUUUUUUUUUAUAUAACUGUUUCGGCUGUUUCAUAUUCGUUUUGCGAGUUCGUUGGAUCGAUAUCGAUUAGCUUGUACUUUUAACGUGUCCGAUAUGUCAAAAGAUAUUCAACGUUCUGUCAAAAUCCAGUUGUUUUUAUUUUAUCGAAACGCUCGUAGAAAGAUUGAGAAAGAAAAACGGUUAAAAUAACACAAAAAUGAAAAUGUUCGAUCUCGAAGUGUAAGUUAAUGAAAAAAAAAAAAAAAUUGUAAAUUAAAGGAAAAGAAGAAUAUCGAAUUUUUCGGUAUAAGCCAUCCGCAGAAUGGGUCAUUUAAUGGCUCGGACUCCAAACGGGUUUAAAUAUCGUAGACUCCCAUAUCCGAAAAAGAAAAUUCGCGAUUUUCUCUCUUUCUCGAUUUUUCCCAGCUCCCAUCACGGCCUCGAACAUCCUCAAAAUAAUCUCAUGGAAUCAGACUCUUUUUAAAUGUAUUGGACUAACUCGCGAGUCCAAGAAACUAUGAAAUACUGAAAUGAACGAUUAUUAUAGAAGAGAAAAAUAAAACUUUAAUGAUAUGUGAAAAAACAAGAAAUUAAUAUUACCGAAGAUUCGUCUCACAACGUAGCAAGGGCUGGUGGAGGAUGACCGUUGUCGUCACGACCAAGUAGCAUCAAAUUACCAAUUAGGUAUUUAUUACAGUCCAAUUAGUAAUUAUACUAUAAUUUUAAAGAAUUGAAACUAAAACAGACACAAAAUAACCUAUCCACAGACUCGUGAAGUAAAGCCUAUGGAAAUAAUAACUAAAUAAAUAAUUGAAUAAAUAAAUUAUCAAAUGAAUAAAUUUGAACAAAAAUUAAUGCCCAUUAUUUGAAAAAUCUUAUUGUCGGAUAUAGAAGAUAAUGACUGUGAAUCUGUAUCAAUGCAAUGAGAGUGUACGAAAUUUUAUCAUAAAUGAAAAUUACAUCUGAUAAAUAUAA